AUGGAACACGACGAGAAUGCAGUGACACCCAACCCUGAGUUGUGCCGGUCUGCUUUCAAGCUCGGCUUCGGCAACUGGGCGAAUUUUGCACAACGCGAAUCAUCUGGGGAGGCCAGACAAGAAGCCCUGGACGUCUUGAGGGCCAUUGAGCAUGCAUUUCCCGGCCACCCUGCCUUACGCAGCGGCUUGAAACUCACAAAGUCUUCUGGAUGCUGGGAAGCCACCGGUAUGUCCUUCUGGGAUGCGGGAGGGGGUACGACAUUGUCAAACUCAUCAACCUCGAGCUGUGGCCCGGGUCAGCCAGAGGUUGCGCCUCAGAAGCAUAGCUUUCCUGUCACCAAAAUCAGACCGACAAGGCUGACAGUGGACAAAUCCAUCGAGAGCGGCUUCGGCUCCUUAUUUGGGGACGGCGAUGAUCACGUCCCCAUUCUCGUCCUGGCUUGGGCUUAUGUUCUUUCCGCGAGAUGGACCGAACGCAUCCCAGGUGCCAACGACGUACACUAUACUGAAGCCGGCGCGUACUCUUACAGAAGUGAUUCUUCCACCAUCAAUGUCCCAAUAAUGGCCACGAGCAGACAAGCUGCUCGCUGGUGGCAGGCGAUCUUAGCUCCUGGCCACGGCUGGCUGGCUACUUCGCCCACUGAUGGGAGGAUAUUGUACUCUCCGUGGUCUAUCAGACUGUCCUCCAGCACUAAACUGAUGCCUCUCUAUUUGGGAGAGACUCCUGUGUCGUCUAUUGCAGCUGAUUCCGCCACCUCUCUACGUUUCCUCUCCGAAUACGUCACCACGUAUAAUGUCGCCGACCAGAGCCGAGCCGCACUCUCCGCUGUCUUGUGUCUUCCAUUUGCCACCAGCUCCAGCAGCAAGAUUGCUCUACCUGCUCCGCAUAUAUCGACGGUUUCACUAGGACCUCAACAAGGCGGAGUCUUACCAUCUUUGUCUUUGGCACAGGUGGAUAAGCUAAUGACACUAAGCUGCAAUAUCCGAGGCGUUAAGGCACUGCUGCUCAGCACCUUCUUCAAUCCCGCUGUACCCUGCAAUCUCGUGAGCCCCUUCUUGCAGGGGACAUUUGCAGCCCUUGACACUUUCUCCCACGAACCACUGCGCGUGAUUCAUGCGCUGUUACGACACUCACCCAAGGUCGGGUUUCUCUGGGUCGGCGUUUUGAUCCUCGGGAAACACACCUCUCUGCUAGAUCAUGCGCGCCAUGGCUUUUCUGAGAUCGACUUGCUCUCGGCCGCGUGGACGGGCACCAUACAGACAUUCAUGCAACUGCCUGCAUCCGCUGCCAGCUGCGGUCGCAUCCGGCGCGAGGAUGAGUGCCGACUUGCCUAUCUUGUCUCAAAGGACUACCAGCGCAACAUUCCGUUCUGCCCCUGGAAGCCCUUUGGGUCUGUUCAAGUCAAAGAUGCUGAGCUGGGAGUACAGAUUCAUGCAGGCUGUCAGGGCCACGGGCUCAGGUACAAGGGGUGGACGUGGGACUGUUUGGAAGAAGAGCGUCUCAUCAGCGCUAUUCACCAUCCUCCGGCAUCAAACGGCCCUUAUGAGGAGCCAAACUCAGUGCCAAAUACAGGCAUAGAGGUCCCGUUUGAUAAGCUGAAUUUGGAAAAUGAUUCUGCUUCCUGCACGGCUACGCUAAACCUAUUUACGUGGCUACGCAGGGGAGGGUUUGCAGCGUCUGAGCAACAUAUACGGCGGCAUGAGUGGCUUUGCGAGACUUUGGAUGAUGAGGAAGAGGACGCCUAUGCAUCCUGGCCUGAAGGCGACGAUAAUAGUGUCUCUGGUGUAAAUAAUCGGCCCAGGUCCGCCAUCGCGAGACUAAAUCUCGGGGGGUGGCUUGCGUCCACCCAGGCCAGGAGGGAAGACUCGGCCUGA